AUGAAAGAAGAUGAGAGUAAAGAAGACAAGCGGGGGAGUGAAUUAGUAGAGGAGAGUAAGAAAAGUAAAGAGAAAGACAAAAUAGAAGUGAUUGAGCCAUCGGUUUCUGAGAUUAUUCCAAUUCCUCCACCAGUUUCAUUUCCACAUAGAUUGAAACCAUUAAAAGUUGACAAAGAAUUUGAGAAGUUUGUCAACAAUUUUAAACAAUUACAUAUUAACAUUCUAUUUAUUGAUGCUAUUUUGCAAAUUCCCUCAUAUGCAAAGUUUCUCAAGAAGAUAAUGAUCAAAAAGAAAAAAUUAGAGGAUAGCGAGACUAUUGCAUUAACAAAGGAAUGUAGUAUCAUCAUACAAAAUAAAUUGCCACCAAAGUUGAAAGAUCCGGGGCGUUUCACGGUUCCUUGCACUAUUGAUAAUGUAGAAUUCUCUAAAGUACUAUGCAAACUUGGUGCUAGUGUUUCAUUGAUUCCUUUAACUGUUGCUAGGCAAUUGGGAUUGAAUGAAUUAAAACGCACUAACAUCUCUUUGCAGUUGGCUGACAGGUCUAUUAGAUAUCUCUUAGAUAUUAUAAUAGAUAUUAAACGUGAUAAAUUCAAGUUUCAAAUUGGCGAAGAAAAUGUGGAAUUUGAUUUGAGUAAAUUGAAAAAGUAUCUCUUUUUUACUGAUCAUGUUUAUUCCGUUGACAUAUGUGAAGAACUGAUACAAAAAAUGAGUCAAGUUAAUCUUAACUAUGAUCCUCUUGAAUUUUGUUUAAAUGAUGUAGGAUUGCAAGAAGAGGAAAUUAAAAAAAUGAUUAACUAUUUGCAAGCACAAGUCCCUUACAAAAGAGGUAACACAUACGAAAGCCUAGAGAUAAGCAAGAGAUUUCCUCCAUCAUCUUAUGAGCAAACUCUAAAGCUCGAAUUCAAUCCGCUUCUCAACCACCUCAAGUAUGCAUUUUUUGGAGAGAAAGAAACAAUGCCGGUGAUUGUUAAUGCAACCCUUGACGAGGAGCAAUUUGACAAGUUCUUAUGA